AUGAAGCUGUGUACUUUUCCAGGUCAAGGUACUCCCAUUUCAAUUCCUACAUUAAGGUCAGUAGUUUCACGAAGACCCGUCCAAUGUCCUGAAUCGCUUUUAAGGUACGUCUAUGCCCAUCCCUCAAAUCCGGGUUCAAUCGCGGUGAGUUCAGCACUCUUCUACCAGCUAUUUGCAGCUCCACUGCAGCAACAGCAGCUGUUACUUCUAGGACACUCUCUAGGUGAAUUGACAUGUUUUUGGGCUAAUGGGAUGUUUGAUAUUGAAAAUCUUUUCCACAUUGCAAAUUACCGAAACGAUUUAAUGGUGCAGUGCACGAAAAGGUACUUGCAAGCUCGAGGAAUUAACCAGAGAUUUGCGCUAUGGGCACUUUCAUCGCCCAGAGCGCAAAACCUACCGAAGGAAGUAGAGCAACUGUUACAGGAAUUGCAAAUAGACAGCGUUUCCAUCGCCAAUGCUAAUAGUGUCAAACAAUGCGUAGUGACAGGUCUAGUCAGUGAAUUGGAGUCGUUGCGGAUUGAAUUGCAUCUAAAAUUUCCACGUCUAAGAAUCACGGAAUUGACAAAUCCCGAUGGUAUCCCCUUCCACAAUAGCGCAGUGUUAAGACCUACACACGAAUUACUGUACGAUUACAUUUGGAAAAUCAUGAAGGAUAAAGGAACCAAUUUGAAUAUGCAGUUGGACCAUCCGAUACUGUGUAACUUGGAUGGUCAAUUAUCCACAGUAGCCCAUCGAGCAUUGGAAAAAUUUGUUAGAUGUAGCAGUAAUACGGUUCAAUUUACAGAAUGUUACGAUACGAUUAAUAAUGAUAUGAGUGGUGAGCUGGAUGAAGCCAUUUGCAUGGGGCCAGGUAGUGUUGUUUACAAUUUGGUCAGACGUAAUUGUCAAUUGAAAGCAUGGGAGUUCGACUCGUUAGAAUCGAUACAAAAAUAUGAAAUGUCACAUAAUACCUAA